AUGACAGAAGCACCAUCACCCCCUCACAUAUCCAAUAACACCACUGGGAUCACAUUACAGGAUCAUCAAGUAACUGUUCCAGAUGGAGAUAAGCAAGAAAUGGUGAAACUUGAAGUUGAUGGAGGAGGAGAGUCGGCUUUGGUAGAGGAUAGAUGCUCUGAUGGGGUGUAUGAUAAGCCUCUUUCAUGUUUUGGUUGUGGCAUUGGUUGGUUCUCGUUUCUACUGGGAUUUGCUUUUCCUCCACUAUGGUACUAUGCAACUGUGCUUUACUUUGGGAAUUAUGUUAAAGACCCUAGAGAGAGACCUGGCCUUGCAGCAUCUGCAAUUGCUGCUUUAAUUUCCUCAGUUGUAUUGGUUGUCCUGCUAGCUUCACUAUUCUGUUAG